AAAUCCUCCAAUCCAUUUUCCCUCAAAACCUUCUCGUUUCUUAAACCCUCCCGGCCAACACCCACCACCCCAACAAUGGCGACCCCUCGCUCACUCUACCGUACCCUCCUCCGCCCCUUCUCCACAACCACUAAACCCUCUCGCCAUUUCUCCGAUCCCAAGAAGGAGGAGGCGAAGCUAGCGGAGCUGCGCAGGUACUACAAUCUACUGGUGCUGCGCAGAGACUACGUGAAGCAUGUGAAGGAGGUCCGCGUCAAGUCCAUCAUGGAGGUGGAGCUCAUGAGGCUCGAGAUGCUCCGCGUCGACGAGGCCCGUAAGGAAGCCCAGAAUGAGCAGACCAGGAGGCUCAAGGCCGAGGCCGUCAGGGUUCGCGCUCAAAAGCGGGAGGCUGCCAAGCACGAGACGGAACAAGCACUAUUAAAACAGAAAGCAGAAAAGCUUGAGAAUUUGAAGAAGAAAGAAAUGCUUAGGGAAAAAUAA